CAGUCAUCCACCAUCCACAGUGACGCCCACGCCCGCACCGCACUCCAUCUUGCACAUACUCCUACUACUACCCAUACUCCCGCUCCUCUCUUUCUCUGCCUCAAGCCUCGCACAUCCUUUCUCACAGUCAUACCUUGAUCCUCCUUUUACCACAUACCCUCUCGGCACAUCUACACUCCUCCAGACCUGUCGUCACCGAUCUCCUCCUUCAAAGGUUGGCUCAUUGUUCUUUUGCACCUUUACCACGCUUCCUCUACUCAAGCACCAUACCUUGCGCCGUCCCCGCAAUCCGCCACUGCUGGGUUCCGCCGCCCUUGAUUUCCAAACACGAGUUCUAGCUUCCUCCCUCGCCUUUCUUAGGCAGAGUCCACCACCUCCUUCGCAAACCUCGAUCGCAUGCUCCAGAGGUGUCCCUUCCCAUCCAUCUGUCUUCUUACCCCACCUCAAUCGUCAACCCUCGCCCUCGUCAAGCCUUCAAGCUGGCGGGAACCACCGAUCGAAGAACUUCCACACAUGGAGGCUUCCUCAACCGAGUCUUUGGUAACAAGAAAGACAAGGAUGUAGAUUCGGACGGUACCACUCCCAGAACCAGUUUUGAGUCCAACAAAUCAGUUCCGAGUACAAACAGCUCCGACGAGCCUGCGGGCCUCGUUGAAUCACCCACCAGCCCCACGGGCCAGAUCAAUACCCCUCGAAAACCAGAAGACAACAUGGCUUCAUCGCCAACUACCGAUGGCAAGAAAAGGCGAAGUAGUAGUGCCAAAGCAAAAGAGAUAUUCACUCAGGCCAAGAACUCUUUGAUUCAUGGAGAUCGUGAAGGGCCUCAGACACCCAUGCAGAAACUAUCAAAAACCGACGCCGCUCUGAGCGUUCCCCAAGGCUCAUUGAACAAUUCCGCUGGCGAGUCGCAGCCUACCCCCAAUUCCUCCUUUUUGGUUGGCGUCACCGAAGACAAGAACAAAAAGUGCCGUCGCACCAUGGAGGACACUCACUCGUAUUUGUACAACUUCCUGGGUACUCCCGCGCCCACUAUCCCUUCAGAUACAUCGUUGACCAAGAAAUCAUCGACGGAGGAGAAGCCCAACUUGUCCACCAUUCCGUCAGAUCCUAGUCAACAUGUGGUUGAGACCGACAAUGGCUAUUUUGCCAUUUUCGAUGGCCACGCGGGUACUUUCGCCGCCGAAUGGUGUGGCAAGAAAUUGCACAUCAUCUUGGAAGACCUGAUGCGCCGUUAUCCUAACACGGCCGUGCCAGAGUUACUGGAUCAGACUUACACCUCGGCUGACAACCAGUUGGAGAAACUUCCACUGAAGAACAGCGGGUGCACCGCCAUCACAGCAGUCCUGCGGUGGGAGGACCGAGUCCCAACGGCUCACUCAGCUACAGGGUCGCAAGCGAUAGCACCGCUGGCGGCACAGGCGGCGAAAGAGGCAGAAAAGAAUGAAGCAAUCAACGGUAAGGACGCAACACCGCGGUCAAAUUCAGUCGCUGAAGCUGCGGCAGCAGCUAUUCAAGACGCCCGACAGAAGGCGACUCGUCAGAGAGUGUUGUAUACCGCCAACGUCGGGGAUGCACGCAUCAUCUUGUGCCGGAACGGUAAAGCACUUCGUUUGUCGUACGAUCAUAAAGGUAUGGACGAGAACGAAGGCCGCCGCAUCUCCAAGGCAGGUGGAUUGAUUCUAAAUAACCGAGUGAACGGCGUGCUUGCGGUGACGCGUGCUCUGGGUGAUUCAUAUCUCAAGGACUUGGUGACUGGUCAUCCCUACACAACCGAGACGGUGAUUCAGCCAGAUCAAGAUGAGUUCCUGAUUUUGGCAUGCGAUGGGUUGUGGGACGUAUGUUCCGAUCAAGAGGCAGUAGAUCUGGUACGAAAUAUCGAUGAUCCUCAAGCGGCGUCGAAGAAGCUAGUGGACUAUGCCCUGGCUCGCUUCUCGACGGACAAUCUUUCUGUGAUGGUGGUUCGAUUUGACCCACAGAAGCUCCAGCAGAACACCAAGAUUGACAUUGGAGUGGAAAGCGAGAGCAGCAAAGACACGCAUGCCGUCAGUGAGGUGGAGAUGAUAGUGGCCGAGGCUCGUCGACAUUCUGGAGUGGUGCCGGAUGGAGCGCUGUCAGAUCAGGAAUCAGAGGAACUGCGGCAAACCGUAGUUCAAGAGCAUGAGAAAGAGCAACCAGAAUCUGGACCUGAGCUCACACCGGAGGGCCAGGUAGAAGCGAAUAAAAUUCUGUCAGAAUCGCAGCAACAAGAGCAGGAAAAAAAGGAAGGAAGUUGACCCAGGUGAGGACGGUGAAGACGAUGACGAGGUGACGAGCAUUGGAUUGGGUGGUUAGAGCAUCUUGAGGAGAGCGUUGCAACCAUGCUGACAAGCUGGGAUGGGCUUCCUACACUCCUUUUCAACGACCGGUUGCAUGAUUGACGAAAAGAGAAACGAGUGGCUCCGGCGGGUUGGAAGCUGGGUGAGGUGGGAAAUUGGGUCACAGGAAGGUAGCACGGACAUGGUACGAGGAUCCCGGUUGUUGUAGGUUAUAUCGCGUUGCGUCUAUGAAGCAUUUGGGAAUGACUAGCUCACUUGCUGCUUUGGACAUAUCAUCUCCCAUAUUGCUGCUAGACCCUGAACAUGUUGGAUUUAGACGCACAAAGGCUUUUACAAGAGGUCGGGGGACGAAGAGCUGGGAGAUGCCUUUCGGUGGAUGACUCUGG